CAGAGCAGAAGCUAUCACCCUCUGAACCCAAGUGUCCUUGACUAUCAGUGAUAAAUAAAGACUAGUUUUAUUUCUAAGAGAUCAAAUGGAACCAAUGGUAUUUCAAGCAAUUGUCAGCCUGCUAUGUUUGUGUACUUCUCUAGGCGAAGCUUCUUCAACAUUUGAGCUUGCUCCUGAAGAUUAUCUACGAUGGAACUAUACUUAUUUCAACGAGAACUGUACUUAUGUUACUGGUGAUAGAAAUCCAUGCCAAGAUAUAAGAAUAUGCAAUUUUGCUGUUGCAUCCCAAGCUCUUGGUGGCUGGCCUACUUUGUGCGGGUGGGUACAUAUUAAAGUACCCAAAGUAUGCUGUGGCUUACCGUUAGUUCUCGGUCCUAAACUUAUGAAGAAAACUGAUGAAGAAAAAGCAAGAAAGAGAGAAUGUGGAACGAAAUUAUAUUCUACAAGAUUAUCUCAGACGGAGAAUCGAUUUUUUGAAAUAUUACAUGGAUUACCUCCGGUGGAUACAAGCAACCCUGAUAAAUUUGAUCCUCCUUUGGAUCUAGCUGAAGAAACUAUAGUAUCACCUACUGGAGGAGUUCCUUCGAGACAAGGAGAAUUUCCCUGGAUGGUUUCCAUACAUAAAGCUGGACGCCACUGGUGUGGAGGAAGUAUAAUCGAUAGAAUCCAUGUCUUAUCUGCUGCUCACUGCUUUGUAUCUGAAAGAGCAAAGAUUCCGGAUCCUAAUAUGUAUACAGUAUAUGUGGGAAACAUCCAUCUAGACAAAGGAUUCCCUUUCAGGGUGCAGAACAUUAGUAUACAUGAAAAAUACAUUAUUAGACUGCAUUAUCAUGACAUCGCAUUACUGACACUAAAUGAAGAAAUACUGUCCCCAGUAUUCGCACAUAUCUGCCUCCCACCUCCGGAAAUUGCAGCCAUGGACUUAUCUGGUCGCAAUACGACUGUAUUAGGCUGGGGCCACACUGAAUUUGGUGCAGACAAGGGAAUUAGUCUGAAUGACUUCUUAGAUAGGAUUGAUCUCAUUGCCACUCAUGUGGGUUGGUCAGAUGAAGAUAAGUUAACAGUGAUCAGAGUCAAGGUGGCAGGUGAGGCUGCAGAAUUAAUUAGGAAUAAUCCUAGGUUAAAGAAAGAAGCCAGUCUUGACUAUGUUGUGAAAGCGUUGAAAGAGAGGUUCAGUUCAGUGCACCAAUUUGCACUCUACAUCCGUGCUCUUAUUCAGGCUUUUCAGAAACCCACGAGUCAGUGCGACAAUUUGCAGCACUAUGGUGCUUUAUUAGGAACUAAAUUUCUUGCAGACCACAAUAUGCAUUUGGAUUUCUCCACUUCUCAACUCUUAGGAUCAAAUUUAAUUCUUAAAUGGAAUCCAAGUCAGCCUAGUGCUAUGAAUAAUAAGAUUUUCUCAACUUCAGUGUCUCAGUCAUUUCGUUACUCUGUAACCAAACAUAAAUUACCACCUUUUUCUGAAAAUAUCAUUAAGCUCACUGCUCGUUCUGAAAAUUUCACUACUGAUACUGUCUUAAUUGAACCUUUAAUAGAACAUGCUCAAAGUCAAUUUUCCAUAGCCAGGCAAAAGCCUUACAAAGUACCUUACCAUCUCAGGGAUGAAUUAGAUAGACAGGUAGCAGAGCUGCUUGAAGCCAACAUCAUUCAAGAAAGUGACAGCCCUUACAGUGCUCCUGUUUUAUUUGUUAAGAAAGCGGAUAACACCUACCGUUUAGUCACUGACUUCCGCAAGUUGAAUGAGAAAACGAUAGAAGACAGUUUUCCUCUGCCUUCCAUGAUUGAAUUGAUAGAACA